GCCAUGAACUCGUCGCUAGUGGAUGUAUUUUUGUUCCUUGUAUCGGAAUAUCUCAUAAAUAUUUGGAAUUCAACAGAUUUCGUGCAUUUGCCCAUGCUUGGCACAGCUUUACCAUAGAUUAUGAUUGUUUUGGGUUAUUUGUUGCCUGUUUUACAAGUGGGUCCUGAUUUUAUGAAGGUUCAAUGUGUUGGUCUAAAAUCUCUGUAAGGUUUUGAUGAAUUCCGUGUAAUUUGAUUUGGUAAACGCGUUUUUAAGAGGUUAGUUUUGUUUUAUAAGGAAUUAUUCUCAGAGGGAAGUAAUUAACUCAUUUGUGGACAUAGUCAUGUACACCUACUUCUUUGCGGUUGCUUGGCAUCCACAUGUCAAAAGCAAGUUUUGGUGGAAGCGGUAUAUUACCAAGCUUAAUUUCCUUCAGUUCGUCAUACUCUUCGGAAAAACCACACUGAUAAUGUGGCUAAAUCUCUGCUGCUCCUUUCCCAUAAUCCUGCAACUCUCCACAUCCUUGAUGGUCAUACUCCGCAACUUCAACUAUCAAUAAUAUGUCAAUGGUAAGAGCACACAGCAAUGAGCAAUAAAUUGUAGUUCUCUUUCUGGAGUUUAAUCGGUCUCAGUUGAGUGGGAUUAGAGUGAGCGGUUUGUGUU